AUGGUACUCUUCAAACGUAAGCCGGUUCGAUUCCUACCACCGGCGGAAAUUCUAGACGAGAAUGCAGAGGUGUGGCAUAUUCCCCAAACAGGGGAGAUAUUUACGAACUAUGAGGACUAUCUAAGUCGGAUGGACUUUUACAAGCAGCGUCGAUUCAAUGACCAAAUAACCGGUCAUUCUGGCCUCACUUUCUUCGAGGCUUUCAACAGCGAGCUUACCGGUGGACGCGAAGUCGAGGCUUCGUUUCCCGAGGCACUCAAAGGCCCAAUACUCCGCAAAGUCCAAUUUCAAACCAUUUCGCGGCUGGAUAACCUUGUCGACAUGAUCUACGACGAAUUUAAACACGACUACUUCCCUGGUGAGGAGGUAACGGUUACACUCGAUGGAGGGGAUAGAAUUCAUGGCCUGGUUAGAGAUAAGACAACCUUUGGGCCACGAAUAUUACCCGAUGGAUCCCGGACUUUGCCAGUCACGCGCUACCUCGUCAACAUCAAGGAUACCGGCAAGGAAACAAUCAUGACCGAUGAGCACAUUUGCCGCGAUCGCGGGAUCUUUACGAAAGCUAUGCUAAGAUCGUUCAUUAAAAAGACAGUUAUGAGAGAAGCGUGGACGGGAGCGCCUUGGUUGGUCAAGCACGACUACGCCGACAUGUAUCACAUUGACACCAGAGUCCCUCCUCAUCUUCGACACGAUACGAAGCUCUUAGAGCGGAAACAACUCCAAGCUCAAAAACGAGGUAUUACGACUGAAGUAAAUGGACAACCGAAUAACGGACCAAUGCGUCUACCCGAAUUGAAACCGGCCACAAAAACUCAAAAGGGAAAGCAAGGUCAAGCCGGUGUCAAGGGACCGAAAUGGCCGCUUGGCGAGUCUAUCAAUGGCGUCAAUGGGUCAAUACAGCAUGAUCAGCAACCAAGAGUACCUGUCCGAGAACCCACUCCGCCGCCUCCUCCGCCCCCUACGAAGUACCCUAUCGAGGAUCUGGCACUACCGCCUAAAGAGGGCAGCGCUCGCCCGCGUCUCAAAUUUAUGUGUCAUGAUCCGCCAGUCAAGAUUGAGCCCGAGAUUGACGAAUCCCAACCCAUCUUUGACAAAAUCGACAUGGCCGCGGUCGGUGCCUUUCUGGAAACGUGGGACACGUUAAACGUUUAUUGCGAGAUCUUUCAGCUUGACUCGUUCACCUUUGACGACUUCAUCGAAACCAUGUCAGUAGCUUCCGGGGAUAUCCAGGUCCAAUUAUUUGACGAGAUUCACUGCUCCGUGCUGAAAAUACUUGUCGACUCGGAGCGCGAAGGGGGUAAAGUUCGCAUAAAUCUACCGGAGCUAGAAGAUGAGUACAGCGAUGAGGAUGAUGACGAGGACGAGGACGAUGAUGCAGAAGACGAAGAGGAAGAGGAGGCAACGCCUGAACCUGAGGAGAAGCCCAAAGGCCGUGCCACCCGCAGCAGCCUUGCCAAGCUUGAGGCCGAAAGGUUAGCGGCAGAAGCGGCAGCCGCCGAGAAGGAGGAAAUUCGGGCGGAACAAGAAUCCCGUAACCGAGCAGAAGAGAUGAUGAGAGAGUUUGACUGGAUAGAUCAUCUUCGAAAGCGCGACUUCUCCAAUGGCGGGUGGGAGAGAAUUAUGGUUGGCCUAUUGCAUCAACUAUCGAAAGAUCAUCGCUAUAAGGAACCCUGCGAAGAACUGCUCGAACAGCUGGUACCCGCUGACGCAGAACCCACACAGGACGUUGUCCGGCAAAGUUAUGCGGAACUCGAUGUCAACUAUCGGGUAAAGGCUUUGCAGAUAAUAUGUCUCCUUACGAUGCAGACCAAGGCUGUCCGAGGCUACAUGGAAGACUGUAGCGAAACUAUGACCAAAUACCGAAAGGACAGGAUCGAAUGGCAACGGCAGAAGAAGCAAGCUAUCGAGGACGUCCGCGUGCUGCACGAGCAAAGAAGAGAGCUUAUCCCUGACCCAGAUCCAUCCGAGGAGCCUGAUGAUAAGGCUGUAAAGGUUGAAGAGGAUGUCAAGAUGGCCGAUGUUGAUGAAUCGCAGCUCGAAAAAGAGGAAGUUGGCAACGGCAACGAUGAGGAGCUCGGUCAGGCUAAAGGCAAACGAAGGGGUCGUGUGCCUGGGGACAAGAAGAAAAAGAAGGAGGCUGAAUCCGAAAACCAGAAGAAGGAAAAGACGAAAGAGAAUGAGAAAGAGAAAGAGAAGGUGGCCGAAAAGGACAAGCCGAAGAAAGAGGCUGUCAAGCUGACUCCUCAACAACAGAAACAGUACAACAAGAUUCUCAAAGAGAUCCAGAAGAAGGAGGACAUUAUCAAAGAAUGCGAAGAGGAGGUUGCCGUUAUCGAAAACGAUCUGCGCGAAGCCGACUGCCCCCGUACGAGAGUGCUGGGUAAGGAUCGGUUCUGGAAUCGAUACUACUGGUUUGAAAGAAACGGUAUGCCUUAUGGCGGACUCCCGACGAGCUCAACAGCUUACUCGGAAUACGCCAACGGAUGCAUCUGGGUUCAGGGACCAGAUGAUAUGGAGCGUGAGGGGUACAUUGAUGGGCCUGCGGAAUUGCAAAAUGAGUACAAGGCCAAGUUCAAGAUGACGGUAGCGGAGCGCAAAGCCAAGGAAGAAAAUGGGACCAGCGUCUUCACUGCCAGGCAAUGGGGCUACAUCUCAGAGCCCGAGGAUCUGAAUGCGCUGAUCAAGUGGCUGGAUCCUCGGGGCUUCAACGAGUUGAAGCUGCGAAAAGAGCUUGUCAACUACAAGGAAAAGAUCGCCAGACACAUGGAAAACAGAAAGAAGUACCUGGAGAGCGACAAGGACAAGACUAAGAAGGAUGAGGGUGUGGCGAAACGCAGCAGCUCACGUAUCCGGGAGAAGACGCCUGAGCCGCCAAGCUACCGGUGCUUACAGUGGGAAAACACAAUGGCGCUUGAAGAGCUGGGUCAUCUUCAUUCAGACCCUCCGCCGCCACCUAGAGCUCGGAAACAAAGCAAAAAGAGAGAGGCGCAAACUGAGGCGACUGGUCGAGGUGCUGCCAAAACACGACGGCGAGGUUGA